AUGCCCGACAAUACGGUCAACGAACGCUCAUCCCUACUUCCAGGGGCUUCUCGCGCCACGAAGGACGAAGACGUUUCCUUUCAUCAUUGGCAAGACUUUGUUGGCCUCACGAGGCAAACCGUUCCCAUCUGUCUCUCUUUUGCGUUGCAAAAUGCAGUGCAAGCAAUCAGCGUUCUAACUGCCGGGCGGCUGGGAUCCUUUGAGCUGGAAGUUACCUCCUUUGGUUUUAUGUUUUUCUCCUGCACUGGCACCAUGGUCGCCAUCGGUGGUGCAACAGCGUUGGAUACAUUGUGCGCUCAGGCCUUCAGCUCCCACGCCUUGACUGAAAAUCCAAAAGUCCUGGGCUUGCUCUUACAGCAAUGCCUGCUCGCGCUGCUCGGAAUUUUUGGCUUUCUGAUUGCGCCCAUCUGGAUAGUUUCGGGGCAUUUAUUCACUUCCUUGGGCCAAGAGCAAGACUUUGCGCUUGCUACAGGGAAAUUCAUGUUAUUCAUGCUUCCCUCUGGGCUGUUGCAAGUCGUGGCUGAAUGCCUGAAGAAGUUCUUGCAAGUGCAGGGCGAAAGCAAUGUUGUCGGAUUGUGUACAUUGGCAGCCAGCACGGUUGGCGUGAUAAUCAACUUUGUUCUGGUUCGGCUGACGAGGUUGAGAUUGUGGGGUGUUCCUUGUGCCUUUUGCGUCUACCAACUCCUCACUGUUGUCGCCCUGCUUUGCGUCCUUAUUUGUAAGCCUGAAAUUGAAAAGAGCUGUCGCUGGUCAAUGGUCGGCAUUUUCGCGGGCUUACCACGAUUGUUGUUCUACGCUGUCACUGGAAUUAUGACGAUUGCGACUGAGUGGUGGAGUUUCGAGAUACUUGCAAUGAUGGCGGCACGGCUGGACCCAAGCUCCAUUGGCGCUCAGAGUAUACUAAUGUCUUCCGAUCUGCUCUUCACAACAGUGUCUCUCGGCAUGAGCGUAGCUGUCAGCCAUCGCAUUGGGGGCUUACUUGGUGCAGGCAAGGGUCUGCAAGCCAGAAAAGCCAUCGCAACACCAUAUCUGCUAUCUUUGAUUGUUGGAGCGAUUGAGUUUCUCGGAAUCCUGCUUGCAAGAAACCAAUAUGGCCGAAUCUUCACAAAUGACCAAGCAGUAAUUGAAAUGACCGCGAGGGUGCUUCCGCUGAUGGCAGGAUUUCAGAUCUUGGAUCUUUCGAACGGAGGCGCUGGCGGAAUUCUGCGAGGUGCUGGAAAGAAUCACUUGUCAGGCGCAUGCAACUUCCUUGCUUACUACGGGGUAGGCCUAAGUUCCGCAUGGUUUCUAUGUUUUCGCAAGCAGUACGGAGUUUUUGGCUUGUGGGCUGGCAUAAUCACUGGCAGCGGUGCACUUCUAGUCCUACAGUCUUGUUGUAUUUUGAGCAUCUCGUGGAGAAAGUUGGCCAGAGAUGUAUCUAGGUCGCAUGCCACAUGCAAUUAG